AUGACGCGCGGUGCUAUGAACGAGGUGAAUGGCAAACAUCCGCAGCCUGUCCUGGACGAGGCCGAGCUCUUUCCCCGGCACCAUGACAAGAGCUCGUCCUUUGGCGCUUCUGAACGAUUAUACCGACCCGCAACCUCAAUCUCGCUAAAAGGACAAGCGAAUGGGAACUAUGGCGAACAAAGCGAUUCCGACGACGACGACGCUCUGCAUAUCCACGCGACAAAUGGCCACCAACCUGGCAAGCCGGCACUGUCGCGUGCGAAGAGUGACUUUGGCCAAGGUGCACCACAUCCACGGCAAGGACGUCAUGGAAGUGAAGUGAGCAAAGAGGAAGAGCUGAACAUGCGCCAUGGCUGGCAUACACAACUGCAGAAUGAGGAAGUCACCAAGAACUUGUCCGAGAACUUCUUCAUGUACUACGAGGACAAGCGACAUGAGACGGCUGGUAACCUUCCGCCGGAGUUCAAUCCGUCGAAGCUGGUGACAGAGUGGCGCAUGAAGGACCGCCUGAAGACAGUCUCAGCGUUGCUCGCAGUUUGUCUAAAUGUCGGAGUCGACCCGCCGGAUGUGAUCAAGACGAACCCAUGUGCACGCUUGGAGUGCUGGGUGGACCCUGUACCGCCGGACAGCAGCAAUCAGAACUCGAACAACACAAACGCGCAGAUUGGAAAGAAUCUCCAGUCUCAAUAUGAGAACCUAUCUUUACGCACGAGGUACAAGGUCAUUCUGGACCCCACUAUCGAAGAGCUGAAGAAGUACACAACGUCGCUUAGAAGGACGGCGCACAACGAACGUAUUCUCUUCCACUACAAUGGCCACGGUGUACCAAAGCCGACGCAAAGUGGUGAGGUGUGGUGCUUCAACCGCAGCUACACUCAGUAUAUCCCAAUCAGCCUGAUGGAUUUGCAAGAGUGGUUGGGUGCUCCGGGGCUGUGGGUGUGGGACUGCAGUGCUGCCGGUGGUGUCAUACAGCAUUUCCUGGAAGCUGCGGGAAAGCACAGCGCUGCUCAGACCGAAGUCUUGAAGCGCGACCCGAAUAGGGCACAGUCCGGACAGCCACUGCCGCGAUGGGAGGACUCAAUACACCUUGCUGCUUGUCGUGACAACGAGGUCUUGCCGACAAAUCCAGACCUGCCUGCAGAUCUCUUCACAUCAUGCCUCACGACUCCGAUCAUGAUGGCUGUGCGCUUCUUCAUCCUUCAGAAUCCUCUAUCCUCAACUUCAACGGUCACACUUGCCGAAGCGCGCAACAUUCCUGGCAAGGUUAGCGAGCGUAGAACACCUCUGGGAGAGCUUAACUGGAUCUUCACAGCCAUUACCGAUACCAUCGCGUGGAACUGCCUGGACAAGCCUUUGUUCAAGAAGCUCUUCCGUCAAGAUCUCAUGGUGGCUGCUCUGUUCCGCAACUUCCUGCUUGCUCAACGAGUGAUGCGAAUGUUCCACUGCCAUCCUGUGUCCCACCCGAACAUACCCGAUACCCACGAUCACCCUCUAUGGAAGAGCUGGGACCUGGCCGUGGAGAUGAUCUUGUCACAACUCCCAAAACUCAUCCAACAACAGAAGGCGAACGAGGCUGCUGUGGAAGCAGCACCGAGCGGCCAACAGCCACCGCCACCAAUACCUGAGCUCGAAUAUGUGCACUCCGACUUUUUCGCGGACCAGCUGUCGGCCUUUGAGGUAUACCUCAGCUCUGCGCCUAGUAAUCCGGGCGCUGCAGGAUAUGCAAAGCCUCCGGAACAGCUUCCAAUUGUGCUUCAAGUCCUACUUUCGCAAGUACAUCGGCUUAGAGCGCUGGUGCUCCUUUCGAAAUUCCUCGACUUGGGACCAUGGGCCGUCAAUCUCGCGCUCAGUAUCGGCAUCUUCCCGUAUGUGCUGAAGCUUCUCCAGUCGCAGGCACUCGAACUUAAAGCGCCCAUGGUUUUCAUCUGGGCACGCAUACUGGCUGUUGAUCAAACGUGCCAGAACGACCUGCUCAAAGACCAAGGCUUCGCCUACUUUACCAAUAUCCUUGUUACUACCAGUGGCAUUCCUAUCGGUAAUGUGGCCGAACACCGUGCCAUGUGCACCUUUGUCAUCGCCAUGUUCUGCAAAGACUUUGGCCAGGGGCGAAAUGCUUGCAUGACGAACAACCCCGAACUGGUUGACAACUGCCUGCAGCAUCUCAGCGACAUGGAAAAUCCUCUGCUACGCCAGUUUAGUCUGCUGUGCUUGAGUAAUCUUUGCAGGGACUUCCCACCCGCUAGAGAAGCCUACAUUUUGCAGGGCGCACAUGAGCGUAUCUGCGAUCGAAGUCACGAUCCCGUGCCCGAAGUACGUGUGGCAUGCCUGAACGCACUCGCAAGCUUCAUCGCUACACAGGAUAUCGAACAGCGAGACACUGUGGAGCUUGAGGAGAUCAUCGUGGGUAUUGUCUGCUCCAUGGGCAUGGAUGGCUCCAUCAUGGUUCGUAAAGAGCUUACCAUCUUCUACUCCGAAUACGUCAAGAAGUAUGAGAAGCGCUUCAUCACUACAGCAUGGGAACAGCUCUUGGAAGAGCAAGACAAGAAGCAAGGCAAGGCACCAAACGAGGACGACUUCGUCCCUGGCAGUGAUGUACCUGGUCUCAAUGGCGGUAUCAAUGGCGUGAAGUCACACCAACGCAGUGUCUCUGCGAACAUCCCCAGAAGCACAGACGCCGCGCCGGUCUUUAUCAAGCCAACUAUGCGGACUGAGUACUCAAAGCGCACGGUCUAUCGCGCAGUCUGGCGCCAGUUGAUGAGUCUUUCGGCGGACCCACAUCCUGAAGUGGCAAGAAAUGCGGGCGUCGUGGUCGACUACACACUCAAUGCCUUGCUGGAGUCUCCCCUUGGUCCUCAUGCCGAAGCACUGCUUGAUCUGAUUCAGCUGCAACGUCCCGUCAAUGGGGGCCCAAAACUGUCCGUUACUCCUGCUGCUGAAAUCAUGAGCAGACGACCCUCACGAGAUUUUGGCCGACCAGAAACGCCUCCUAGCCCUGCUUCAUCGACAGCAACCAAACCAGAUGGAUACUUUGCUCUUUCGCGAACAGCCAGCGUUGCCGCAGCGAUGAAGAAUCUCAUCGGCUGGGGACCCAAGACGCCUGGUGACACACCGUCAACCCCUUCCUCGCCAACACAUGCACGUCGCAGCUCAGUGUAUAGCACUACCGGCACCCCGUACAGAUCUCGUCCACUGACUCCAGCUGAUGCUGCACAAUUACCACCAGAUCUACUUGACAACAUUCCAGGCCCACCACACCAAAUGGCAGCUCCUGUACCACCAACACCUUACUACAAAGGUCGUGAUGGUAAAGAACUACCUCGAUUGCCUUUGAGGUCAGACUUCUUCGACUGGUCCGCAUCGUACUUCCGCGAGCCGCAGAUGCGACCUUCAGAAGCUGACGAACCAGGUUCGAAAGACUACAAUGAGCGACUGUGGCGUCGAAAUCGUAACGACAAGAUCAUCGCGUCUACACAGCCAUUGAAGGAAGCUGCUAGCUCGACUCGCUGGGACAAGCCGUGCGGCUUCUUCGGCAUUGGUGCUGCACCUGUCAAGAUGGUCUUCCACCAGUUCGAGAAUCACCUGGUCACGAGCGAUGACCGUGACAGCAUAGCUGUGUGGGACUGGCAUACGUCGCAGCAACUCAAUCGUUUCAGCAAUGGCAACCCGAAGGGCAGUCGAGUCACUGAAGUACGCCUCAUCAAUGAAGACGACGUGGCGAUGCUCAUGAUCGGCUCCAGUGAUGGUGUCAUCAAGAUCUACCGGCAUUAUGAAGACCCGGAGGAAAUCCACCAUGUCUCAAGCUUCCGUGCCUUGAGCGAUCUCUUCGACAGUGAGAAGGGCCUGAGCUCUGGUUUGGUCUUCGACUGGCAGCAAGGUCAAGGCAGAGCUCUGGUCGCUGGUGACGAUCGCGUGGUGCGCGUUUGGCAAGUGGGCCAAGAACUCUGCAUUAGCGACAUCCAAACCCGCACUCGCUCUUGCAUCACAUCAUUAACAUCCGACCAAGUCGAAGGCAACGUCUUCGUCGCCGGCUUCGGCAACGGCUCUGUAAAAGUCUUCGACCAACGCCUCCCUCGCAGCGACCAAAUGCUCAUCUCCUGGAACGAGCACAAAUCCUGGAUCGUCGGCGCGCACCUCCAGCGUGGCGGUAUGCGCGAACUCAUUACUGCCGAAAGCAAUGGUGGCAUCCGCCUCUGGGACAUCCGAAUGCGUGGCUCGGUCGACAGUUACAACCCGCGUAGUGCGCGAUCGCCUAGAAGUCUUCGCACAUUGAGCGUGCACGAGCAUGCUCCUGUCUUCGCUACCGGUGGACGAGAUCACACGAUUCGUGUCUACAGCACGAGGAACAUCUCAGCUGGUCGAAGUAUCAGUAGCUUUGAGCCGUAUAUGAGCUACCUUCGAGGCCUAAAUACGCCGAGAAAUGCACCCAUCACUGCUACAGCUUUCCACCCGCAUCGCAUGAUGUUGGCGUGCGGCGCCGUCAACGACGGCCACGUCAACCUCUUCAAGUGCGAUGUGCCGGAUUACGAGAAGAAGGGAGGCGUGGUGGAUGAGUGGAAGAGUGAGUGGGACUAG